UAACUUUUAGCCGCCAUUGUUGUUCGAAAGACAUUCAAGACCUCAUUCUUCAACUCGCCGGCGGAAGUAGGGUCUCCAAAGUAUCGCUCCAGAGUACUGAUGGUGCUUAUAUUCCAGUCACACCCACAAUGCCUACCAAUUCAUCAAAUACACCAUACCGAGUACACAUACAAGAUCUAUCAAACACUUGUGACCCACGUCAAGGUGACACUGAUUUUUGCAAUACAAUCGUUUCUCAAGUAGCGGAGAAGUUCAAUAAUGUAUUUAAAGUGGAAGAAUUCCGGCAGGAAGUGCAUAGCAGAAUCUCCUCAAUUGAAAAGCGACUUGAGAUGGAGGGUCUGAAGGUUGUGGAAAUUGAAAAAUGUCAGCAGGAUAUUAAAGAUAUCAAGAAUGAAAUGUUUUCUUCUGAGAAGAAAGUCAUUGAUUACACUAGAAUGAGGCCGGUUCUAUUUCUAAAUGCUGUCGAUACUCUUUAUAGUUCCUUAAGCGAUGAGAAAAAAAUCAGCCUGAAGCGAAAUAUACCAACUUAUCCAAAGUAUACAUUGUCACAAGAGACCGUUGAUUAUCUGAAACAGCCAACAUUUGACAUUUGGUAUUGGGAACCGAACGAGAUGUUAAGCCUUCUCGAACAUAUGUACCACGAAAUCGGUUUAGUUGACGAAUUCAACAUUAACUCUAUCACAUUGAAACGAUGGCUGUUAUGUGUUCUUGAAAACUACCGGAACAAUCCCUUCCACAACUUCCGCCAUUGCUUCUGUGUGGCUCAAAUGAUGUACGGGAUGAUACACUUAUGUGGGUUAUCCCAAUAUAUGCCAUUGGAAGAUAUCGGUAUACUGCUGACAGCUGCCGUGUGUCAUGAUCUAGAUCAUCCGGGCUACAACAACACAUACCAAAUAAAUGCCCGUACAGUUCUAGCUAUCCGAUAUAACGAUAUUUCCCCAUUGGAGAACCAUCAUUGUGCUGUGGCGUUUCAGAUACUUUCAAAUCCUGAGUGUAAUAUCUUCGCCAAUUGCGACAAGGAGAAGUUCAAACGCAUCAGAGCGGGUAUAACGAUGUUGAUUCUAGCGACUGAUAUGGCGAGACAUGCUGAGAUUAUGGACAAAUUUAAUUCAAUAGUUUCUGAUUUCAACUUCGAAAACAAGGAUCACUUGAAUACGCUGAAGAUGGUGCUCAUCAAGUGUUGCGACAUCUCCAACGAAGUGCGUCCAAUGGAAGUGUCCGAGCCGUGGGUUGACUGUCUCCUGGAGGAGUACUUUAACCAGGCUGACCGGGAGAAGCUAGAAGGACUACCAGUGGCACCGUUCAUGGACCGAGACAAGGUCACUAAACCUUCGGCUCAGAUCGGCUUCAUUAAGUUUGUCCUCUUACCCAUGUUCCAGAGUGUAGCUAAGCUUUUUCCUAAAAUUGAAUCGUCCAUGGUAGUACAGUUACAGGGAGCACUAGAACGGUACGAGGAGAUGAAAUUACACGAUGAUGCUCGUAAAAAUAAAUAAACCAAAGCGUUUGCUGGCUGUGAUAUUUGGUUGACCAAGAUACCACAGAUUGUUUAGUAGGUACUCUGAGAAAAAAAAA